AAUGGAGUGCAUUUAUAUAGCGCUUUUCUACCUUGACAGACAAAUCGCUUUACAACCUCCGACCCUGGGAUUAAUGGACGACCCGCUAUACCUCCUGAGCUACAGCCGCCUCAUGUCAGUUUAGGUGCAGCAGAGACCUCUGGGUGAAUCUGACCUGUAGGGCAGUGAAGGUGAGCUGAAGCACCUCGUGAACAAGUACAUGAUCAAACUGUGAUUGGAGUGCCUCUUCUGUUGACUGGACAAUUAGGGACAAGGGAGAGGGUGGGCCUCAGGAAAAAAGAAAAAAAAAAUUGGGGAAGGGUACUUCAGCUGUAUUGAGGUGACUGCGCACACACACACGCACACACAUAGAUUUGGUCAUUCACUCAGUCAGACAGUUUCGGAGCGGGUCCAGCCACAGCAGCAAACCUCCUCAUGGCUCUACGGACAGUGGCAUCCCUUUACCUGUGUUUCCUGCUGGGAGUAAAUUGCUGGCAUGAUCUGGACAACACAGAGUACGACUGUUGGCCGAUCAACAGUCCAAAUGAUUUCAACAUGAUUAGCUGUGGUGGUCUGGAAAUGGCCUGGGUGCAGCGUCCUCCAGAGAAAGUAACCGGUGGGGAAGAGUUCAAUGUCUCGUACACGGUGACGGCCUCAGAUUCUUUCUACGAGUACACAGUCAGGAACAAGAUUUUCCAGUUCAGUAAUGCGUCAGAGGCAAAGAGGUUCUGUCAUGAACACGAGUGCCCGGCAAACUGGAACAACGCCAAUGAAAUGAACUGCUGCGUGUAUCAUGCCAACAUCCACUCCUGUCCUCUUGGUCUCAUGAAACAAGGUGGAAUCUGUGGCCCGUGGAUUCCUGACGAUGGUAAAAUAGUGACUCACACUGUGUCCAAAGCAGGCAAGAUGACCCAGAAAUACUGGACUUCAAAGGUUGUGCUGAUUCAUGUGGGAGUCACCUCAGUUAUUGCUCAUAUCAAAGUAGGACAGAUGCACGCAGCGCUGGAGUCCAAAGUGCUUGUUGUCAGUGCUCAAGUGUGUGGGGAUGACGUCUGCGAGCUGGAGGAGAACUGUCUCAACUGUCCUGCAGACUGUGGCAUCUGCCCGAUGUCCAUUACUAUCAAGCUGGCCAUUGGGCUUCCAGUCGCUCUCUUCAGCAGCGGCUUCAUCUUAACCAUGGUGUGGCUGCAGUACCAGAAACAGAGGAUGUUUUGGGAUGAAAGCUGGAUCAUCAACUACAAGAGCAUAAUAUUUGGUAGAGUGUGCCGCAUGGGCCUCGGCAGCACCACCAGCCUGCAGUGCGUCAAGAGUAACUCCAGCAUCAGUCGAACUACUGAUGUGACUGUGUGUACUGGAGUCAACACCUCCUUCAAACAAGGCUUCAUCCAGCCAGGCAUUUAUGAUGGGAGGACGGUGGCAGUAAAACACAUCCAGAAUAAACAUUUCACCCUCUCUAAAACCAUCAGGAGGGAGGUGAAAGAGGUUAGGCAACUGGACCACCCCAAUCUAUGCAAGUUCAUUGGUGGUUCCAUCGAGGUCCCCUACGUCAGCAUUAUCACAGAGCACUGCCCCAAAGGAAGCCUGUCUGAUGUCCUGCUGAAUGAUGACAUCCCCAUCAACUGGGGCUUCAGACUGUCCUUUGCCACUGACAUCGCCCGUGGGAUGUCGUAUCUCCACCAGCAUAAGAUGUUUCAUGGGAGACUUCACUCCAGAAACUGUGUUAUUGAUGACCGCUGGGUGUGCAAAAUCUCAGAUUAUGGGCUCACAGCCUACAGGAAGGAGGACUUUGAGGCCAUCAGUAGUUGCUUCAAUUGUGUAGAUGUAAAUCGUUUAUACUGUGCCCCAGAGGUCCUGCUGGGAAGCAUCUCCAAUAUGACACCAGCAGCAGAUGUCUACAGCUACUCCAUGAUUCUGCUUGAGAUUGCAACUCGCUCUGACCUAAUUUCAGGCCAAGCUGAGGGAGUGAGGAUGGAUCUCAUGUGGCGCCCCCCACUGCCUGAACUCAAAGCAGGGAAGGCAGAUACUGACUGUCCCAGUCAAGGAGACUACUGUGAGCUUAUUAAGAAGUGCUGGUCUCAUAACGCCACCAUGAGGCCCACGUUUGAGCAGGUGAAGAAGAUGCUCGACAAAAUGAACCCACACAAAGUCAGCCCUGUGGACAUGAUGAUGAACCUGAUGGAGAAGUACAGCAAACAUCUGGAGGCCAUAGUUGCUGAGAGAACACAGGACCUUCUUCAAGAGAAACAGAGGACGGAUCGGCUGUUAUACAGUAUGUUACCAAAACCGGUGGCUGAUGACCUUCGUCAAGGUCGAACAGCGGAGGCUCAGAGCUUCUCCAACGCCACUGUCUACUUCAGUGAUAUUGUCGGCUUUACUCAGCUGUCUGGUGCCAGCACUCCACACCAGGUCGUGAACUUCCUCAACCAGCUCUACACCACUUUUGAUGACAUUAUUGACAAUUAUGACGUCUACAAAGUGGAGACAAUAGGCGAUGCUUACAUGGUGGUCUCUGGGGUCCCUCAAGAAAAUGGCAUCAAUCAUGCUGGAGAGAUAGCAAGCAUGGCUCUUGAUCUGGUCAGUGUCUGCCACACUUUCAAGAUCCCUCACAAGCCCAACACACAGCUGAAGAUACGCGCCGGCAUCCACUCAGGUCCUGUUGUGGCUGGUGUGGUUGGCACCAAAAUGCCUCGCUACUGCCUAUUUGGGGACACUGUCAACACAGCAUCACGCAUGGAAUCAACAAGUGAAGCUCUGAAGAUCCAGGUGAGUGGUGCCACAGCUGACCUGCUUCACACACUCAGAGGUUACGUUCUGACAUGCAGAGGAACACUUUCUGUGAAGGGAAAAGGGGAGAUGACAACAUGGUGGCUUGAAGCAAAGAGAGACGAUCACACAGAUCCACUGCUCAGACCACCUGAAACCAGAGGACUCCCAGUGCCAGUUAGUGACUAGAUCUGGGUUUAUAGAGACUUAUAAAAUAACUGUAUGAAAACUGGUCAGUCUUUGUUUUGAAUUGAAAACAACUGAAUUGUUUUCCAGUGAGCUAUGUUGGGGUUAAAUGUGCAGAUACAAUUAUAGGAUGAACAAAUAGUUGAUCAUGAAUUUAAAUGUCAUACUGAACUGUAAAUCCAAUAGAUGUUACCAGUUAAGUGUUGAAAAGUGUUUGUCAUUAUAAUGGUUCCAUUGUUGUGACCAGAGGUGAUGAUGACAAGCAAACCCCUCUGAUUAUAAUUUGUAGAAAUAACCAGAAAUGCACAAUAUUUACAAAAAAGUCAGUUUUAUUUUGUAAUACGAUUGCGUAGGACAUGGCCUGUAUUAUUUGUUUUUUGCACUUGUUGGGAAGUAUGUAAACAAAUAUGCAGAGAAACAUGCCAGAGUUGAGGAAAUGCUGUUUUAAUCAUACAUUAUUCUUUUUCUCUCAUAUAUAGCUUUAAUUGUAUUUUUGCAAUGUGAGGCACUUUAGUUUUUUUCUGAUAAGUUUAAAGUAAAGGAUAUAUUUACUGCCUGAAAAUUAAGAGAACCCUCUCUUAAGAUAAGAAAAUCAAACUUUUCAAAGAUCUUAGAUAAACUGCAUCUGAUUCCUUACAUUUCAAACAUUUUGACUAAGAACUGGCAUCUGAACGAGUAAAGGCCUUUUACGCGGCAGACGAUAUAUGUCAAAGCAGGAACAGCACAGGUCUAAUUAAUAAACUUGAUAUUGGCUUUUUUCCAUUUAUUUUUGACAAUUAGGGCCCCAGUAUUGCACAUGAUUGCUCACGGGUGUUGCUUUUUUGGAAAUAAAAAAACUGAGCCAUUGUUAAUGCUAUUAGUUUAGUAAGUCAUAAUCUCUGUUGCAAAAAAGGCAAAUUUUCCUCAAACUGGGUGUACAAGUACUUUGGAACCUAACUCUUCCAUUAAAGCUACUUGUGAUUUCCAAAUGAUGUAGUUUCCCUUGAUUUGUCAAAAUGUUGCAUGCCUUGUUGAUGCAGAAUAGAUUUGCUACACACAAAGUUAGCCAAAUGAACUCAUUACUUUUGUAAAAUAAGAAUGUACAGUUGUCUGUAGUAGUUUUUGUAAGGUAUUGCUUAC